CUGUACAGCAUGUGUUUACAAAAACUCGAGCUUGACCGUUCACUUAUCUCGACUCUCCGACACUCGACAUCUACGACGCCAUCUUCGGUUCUAUUCUCGGCGCUUUUGUCGGGGAGCGGGGACACGGAGGGCGGGCAGAUCCUCCGACCUGAAGCGAGAGCGGGAUCCGCGCCACGGUCGAAGAUGAGCGGAGCCAAAGCCCGCAGCGACGCGCCUGUUGCCGAGGAUGUCUCCGGCACUGCGGCUCCUCCGCGGGACCGCAAGCCCGGCGGAGGUGUUCUGAAGAGGCUUAAGUCCCGGAGGAGCCAGGUGGACAGCAGGCCCGUGACGGAGGAGGACCUGCGGACACAGAGUGGAGACAUCACACCGGAGGACGUGUUAGGACUGCGGGUGGCCACGCGAGGUUACCUCUGUAAGCCAGAGGCCAACAUUUACAACGUCGACUUUGUGCGCUUUAAGAUCAGAGACCUGGAGACUGGAACUGUCCUCUUUGAGAUCGCCAAACCCCCACACGCAGAUGAUGAUGAGGAGAACAGAGAGGCUGACUCCAGCACAGGCCGCUUCGUACGCUACCAGUUCACCCCAGCCUUCCUGCGCCUGAGGACCGUGGGAGCAACGGUGGAAUUCACAGUGGGGAACAGGCCUCUGAACAAUUUCCGCAUGAUCGAGAGACACUACUUUCGCGAUCACCUGCUAAAGAGCUUUGACUUUGACUUUGGCUUCUGCAUUCCAAACAGCCGUAACACCUGUGAGCACAUCUACGAGUUCCCUCAGCUGUCUGACAGCCUCGUCCGUCAGAUGGUGCAGUGUCCUUACGAGACCCGGUCAGACAGCUUCUACUUCGUCGACAACAGACUGGUCAUGCACAACAAGGCAGACUAUGCUUAUAACGGAGGACAGUGAUGUUUGCUGCCAGACAAACACUCACCCGAGACAUAUACAUAUACAUGGAUAUACAUACAAACACACAUGCAUACAUGCAAAUGCACCCAUAGAGACACGGUUGAGUUAUUUAUGUCCGUAAAGAUGAAUUGCCAUUUUGCAUCGCUGUCAUUUUCAGGGGUUGUGUUUUCAUAGUAUGUUGUCAAAAUGUGUUAAAUCUCAUAAGGAGACUGGAGAUUGUAAGAAACACAGGUGUCCUUCACUCACUCUCUAACUUCACCAAGUGCAUCAGAGAACGAGAAAGGAUGUCUUUCUUCUUUGUUUGUGCAUAGUAAUGCUGCCUGUGUCCCAUUUGUAGUUGGAACUCUGAAUUUCUGAGGUCACAGAGGAACAGCCCCUGAAGUUCAUGAAACUGCAUUUGUUUCACAGUAAAUCAGUUGUGUACUGUUUCAUUUUGUAACCGGAGACAUGUAUUAACUGGUAUUGCUAACAAUGGCUAGCCUGGGGUAGCUUUGCAAUCUGGAACGCAGUAAACUCUGAGGAGACUCCUAAGCUCCGACUUCCAACCUUCCACUACAAAACGCACGCUCUGGUUUGUUAGUUCAGAUUGAUGGAGAAACUCAUUAUUCUCAUUAUUCUGAGGUUACACCAAACUAUUUUUAUUUUUAAGAUUUCUCUGGGUAACUUUUUAAUAUGAACAAAUGUCUGUUACAUCCAAACUAUGGAGUUCUCCCAGUGCUGAUUAAGCCAAUCAGCUCCACAGUGUCCUCUCUUUAGUUUCUCAUUAUAGUAUAUAGUGAUUUGUUGACGACCGCAAACAGGCUUGAGUUUCACUGAAAACACAAAGUAAUGCCCAUGAAAAGCUCAGAAAACCCAGCAGUUUUUCAGCAAUUUGAUAGGAUCAAUGCUUCUUGUCCCCUCUCACCCCCUGUGCUGCUGCUGUACGCAAACACUCUCGCAGUCAGGUCUGAUAGUUUUGCUUGACAGAGCCUGUUUACAGAUGACGGACUUGGCAUGUUUCUCCCCGUGUGCAUGUGGUGUGGUGUCUCUGUGUGAUCCCGUUUCCUCCCACAAUCCAAAAAACGUGCAGAUUAGUUCAAUGGGACACUCUGAAAUGACCGUAGCUGUGAAUGGUUGUACCUGUCUAUCCAUCCAUCCAUUAUCUACCACUUUAUCCUCCACAGGAGUGUCGCAGGGGCGUGCUGUGCCAACUCAGGUGACACAGGGUGAUAGGCGGGGUCACAACCUGGACAGAUCGCCAGUCCAUCACGGGGCC